GAUCGAUUUGUAUAUAUACAUAUACCUGAAACCUUGCUCGCAACUCUAUGAUCUGUGAUCUGUGAUCUGUUCAUUACUGCAUUUUUUGUUGCCAACAAAUUUACAACCAUAUUUACGAUAUAUAAUAGAGUUUUUGUCAAGAAGCUGUGACUGUGACUUAUUUAAAAUCCGAAAUGCAAUGCCAAUUUUAGACAGUUGCAUCUAAGAUCUCGGAGCGGUAUGUUGGUCCCGGUUUCGAUGUGGCUGCUACUCUUGGGUGUAGUGCUGGCCUAUCUCGUAUAUUCGAUUUGCUACCAGGCGCGCAUCAAUCGACUGACCAGCAGCUGGCCGGCCCCGCCCUCGUUGCCCAUCCUCGGACAUUUGCACAUCUUUGCGAGAAUCAUUGGGCCGCGUCCCUUUAAGCGCGCCGCGGAGCUGAUCAACUGCCAUCUGCAGGAUCACCGGGGCAAGCUGUGGCUGGGCAACAAGCUUUACAUAUUCGACUGCAAUCCCAAGGAUAUUCAUGCACUCUGCACCGCCAAGCAGCUGCUGCAGAAGACCUCGGACUAUCGCGUCUUCGAGAAUUGGCUGUGCGAGGGCGUCUUCACCUGCGCUGUGGACAAAUGGAUGCAUCGCCGGAAGAUGGUUGCGCCGACCUUCAACUACAGCAUGAUUAAGCAGUUUGUGCAGGUCUUCGAGCGACAGGCGCGCAUCCUGCUGCAGAGGCUGGCCACACUGGCCGACACCGAUCAGCCCGUGGAUUUCUUUCAGCUCGUCAGCUGCUACACGCUGGACACCAUCUGCGAAACGGCGCUGGGCACCACAGUCAACUCGCAGUCGGGCGAGAAGUCGGAGUACUUGGAUGCAGUCAGAGAGAUCUUUCACGUAUUUGACACCAGGCUGAAGAGUCUGCUCUAUCGCUACCCACUCAUCUAUUACUUCACGCCGCUCGCAGCACGCGAGAGGCAACUUCUGAAGAUCCUCCACGGCUUCACGAAGGGCAUUAUCAGAAAGCGUUUGGCUCAGCUCGCUUCGGAUCUGGCCAAUGGCAAUAGCGAAGCCACGUCCGACGCCGAGUCCAGUGAGCAGAAAACACGCAGCUUGCUGGAUAACUUGCUGCUGGCCCGAGACGCAGACGGCCAGCCGCUGAAGGAGAGGGACAUACGCGAGGAGGUGGACACCAUUAUCUUUGGUGGCUUCGACUUGGUCGCAGCCAUGCUCAAGUUCUUCAUGUACAACAUGACGCUGCAUGUGGAGUAUCAGCAGCAGUGCCGCGAGGAGAUCUGGCGGGUGUGUGGGCGAGAUGCAGCCACACCCAUAACGAUGGAGCAGAUGCGAGAAUUGGUCUAUCUGGGCAUGUGCAUCAAGGAGACGCUGCGCAUGUAUCCCUCGGCGCCCAUCACAGCGCGCCGAGCCACAGCCAAUUGCACAAUUAAUAACUUCUUCAUACCCAAGGGCAGCGAUGUGAUCAUCUCGCCGAUGUAUAUGGGCCGCUGCGAGGAAUUCUUUCCCGAGCCGCUGGUCUUCAGGCCGCAGCGCUGGGCCCGCGAUGCCCAGCCCAAGAUCGAACCCUCCACCUACAUACCCUUCAUGACGGGUCCGCGCUGCUGCCUGGGCCAGCGCUAUGCCAUAGUCCUGCUGAAGCUGGUGCUGGCUCACCUCCUCAGGAGUUUCUAUUUCGAGCCCUUGGGCGAGCGGCAGGAGAAGGCGCGCCUCAUCUUCGUCAUGACACUGCAUACCAAAGAUCCCUACUACUGCAAGAUACGAGCUGUUAAGUGAACUGUGAAAGGAUUUCUUUAUGCAAUAUUUUCAAGAGAUUGCAAUUGCGAUUGCCCAGCUACCAGAGCUGGUAACAGCUCAACAGCUCUUGAGGCUCAGACCGGAAUACAUCUGCGUUAGCCAUUGAACCUUUUGUUAAGCCCUUAUCAAUUCGUUUCGCCUGGCUCCAUUCAAAAUUUCUGUAUUGCAUACUUCGCGGCGCACAAAUUACGCAUCACAUUUCCGUUUUUAAUGACGGCGGCGACGAGGUUGUAUAAAAAAAAAAUAAAUAAAUAAAAGAAACUGGCAAUAAUUGUAAGAGUGAUGAGUUACAGAACGAAAAUUGCAUGCUCUUGCUGAGAAUAAUCAUUUUGUAUAUGUUUAAUAUUUAAAGGUAGUUUUAGAUAACAAAAAAAGUCUCUUAGAUCAUUUUUUUUACAUUUUCCCUUAUCAAUAUGAGGUUCCUCGUAUAUACUCAUUAUAUGCAUUAAAAACAAGGGUGACGGGCUUUUGCUCGUAAGUUUCCAUGUAAUUCAUUCAAGUUAAUGAAACAUCUAAAAUUGUACGAAAAUAGCAGUUACAUAA